AAACAACGUGCUCGUCAUCACGUCACGGAUCCGGAACGGGAUGGAAUGCGGACGUGAGCUGUGUGCACUGUAGUUGGACAUGUUGGACGAGGAUAUGUGUAGUAAUAAAUGUGCUGUAAUCUCAUUUUUGUUGUUGUAAACCAGAAUUUUCCUUUCCUUCAAUUUAAUAAUAUUUUUCGUACACUCUGGGGGGUAAGGGUUAAUAUUUUCACCUAUUCUAGCUCAGAUUUGUUUUGUAAACAGCCGAGUUUUGUUAAUUGCAAGUCAGUCAUCGGAUCAUCACAACUGAUCACUGAGAAUUGCAGGAAUGCCUUUCAAAGCUUCAGUGAAUUUCAGCCCGAAAUGAACAGAGCGGCCCUUUUCAGUCUGAUGGUUGCCAUGGUAAUUGGCAGCAUCAGUGCCAACAACAAGUGCAACGAUGCUCAAACUAACGGGGCGACAGCGACAACGGCGAUUCCUGACAUUGAAGUGACGUUGGACCAGCCAGAUUGCAAACUCUACAAUGUCCAAGAAGGUCUACCAUUCGGCUUCACUUCACCCCAGCAAAUCUCUGUCGUCACUGUCACCUUUCUGAAUUACGUCGCCCUCGACUGCUCGGCCCAGAACUAUUGCAGAAUCCGGUGGUUUAAAGAUGGUGCGCCUUUUGAAAUGCAAAAUAAAGUUGGGCUGAGUCACGACAACCAGACAUUGGAGAUUCAAGAAGCCUACUAUAGUCGAGCAGGCAACUACACGUGUGUGGUGACAAAUGCAACGGACACCAUCAGGCGCACAACUCAGCUGAUUGUUAGGGAGGAACCGUGGAACAAAGAACCGUAUCCAUUGUCUGCAGACAGUUGCGCCAACCAGACGGCAAACAUCGGAGACGCAGCUGAAUUUUUCUGCAUCUUCUUUGCCGGUGAUUUCAGCAAGGACGUGCAACUGACUUGGUACAAGUGGUCGGUGUCCGGAGCAUGGGUACCAGUCAGUGCCUUGUACAUGCGGAAAACGAGGUACGAGGAGCGGCUAGACUAUUCUGAACUUCGACAGUACAGUGGAAGUGGCUGCAAACCGACCGCCGGGAUGCGUUUGAACAUUAGGGAUGUGACUGAAGAAGCAUACGGUGACUAUCGACUUGAGGGAAACAACAGCUACGGAACAACACACACCGAACCCCUGUCUCUUUCAGCGCCGCCUCCUAAACCUCGGCUAGACCUGACUGCCGUUAUAACGGCCAGUGGGUUGGUGGCGUUGAUGUUGAUUCUAGGAGUAGUGAUGGCCCUGGCGUGGCAGUUUGUCAAGCUGGACUUCAAGAUAUGGAGGAAGAACCGCUUUGGGGCUUUGGAAGAUGACGAUGGCAAAACAUACGAUGCCUUUAUCUCCUAUGCUGAUGAGGACUUGCCGUUUGCACUCAACAUCCGUGAGAGGCUGGAGCAGUCUGGGUACAGUGUCUGCGUUGGUGACAUUGACUUCACACCAGCAACAACUUUAGUUGAGGAGAUUAUUCUUGCCCUGAACACCAGCCGUCGUUGCAUGAUCAUCAUCUCGCCGGAUUUCAUCCGCGCUCGGCACAGUGCCAUCCAAGUGGACGUCGCCAUGGAGCAGAUGCUCCAUCGUCAGAUCAAGAUCGUUCCUGUCAUCUACCGUGACGUCUCCUCUGUCGACUGCGCGGAGCUGCCAGUCCUAAAGCGCAUCCUGGCCAACGUGCGCCGCGUCACCUACGACGAGAAUGCUGCCGCUGAAAAGUUCACCAAGCAGCUGCUGGUACACAUGCCCCCCCACCGGCCCGUGCUUCCACCACAAAGAGAUGGGAUCGAAGGCAGAAUCCUACUCCGGGGUUCUGUGUCCUCCGCGAACGGACAGGUGGAUGGAAACAUGCCCGGGAUUCAGGAGAACGCCAGGGAAUGUGAGAUGAACCGUUUCCUCAAAGAUGUUGCAGAAGCAGGGAACAAGAAUCCUCACGCGGUCCAAGAUCAAAGGGAGAUUGCCGUGCUAUGCUGAAUGACUUGUUUUUGUCUCGCCUGUACAAGACUUUUGUUCCAAACAGUCUUGCUCUGUUACAUUGUACUAUUGCCAAAAAUUUUGAACUGGAUUUCCGUGUUGAUGUUAAUUGUCAUGUAAAUAUAUUUUUGGUAGCUAUAAAAUACUUGCAAGGUAUUUAAAAAAAAAAGUUAUUUAAGUUUACGCUGCCACAAAAUUUCUGAAUGCAUGUAUAUAUAUUAUUUUCUUCUGCAAUUUUUCUUACAUAUUUUUUAAUAUUUUGUCAUACAGUACUCAUAGUUAUUGACUUACAAUAAAUUAAGAUAUUUUUAUCAAUUAA